GUCCCCAGUCUUAACACUUCGCGGAGAACUGAGACGCCACAAUGAGCUCUGGAAACUAGCUGUGACAGACAAAAGCCACACAUACUCGAAAUGGAUUGCAAAGUUCUGGCGAUGGUGGCUCUUCUGACCGUGGCCAUGUGGAGCCCUGAAACUGACGCCAAACCCAUCAGUUUGGUGGAGAGAUGCUGGUGCCGGUCCACUCUUAACACCGUCCCGCAGCGAAGCAUUCGUGAGAUUAAGUUCCUCCACACACCCAGCUGCCCCUUUCAAGUCAUUGCCAAGCUGAAGAACAACAGAGAGGUCUGCAUCAAUCCCAAGACCAAAUGGCUGCAGCAGUAUCUAAAGAAUGCCAUUAACAAAAUAAAGAAGUCAAAGAAAGGUGAGGAGUAAACAAAUAAAGAGAUGAAGAGAGAACCAGCGUGAAUCUAACCUCCAAAGAGACACAUGAAAUUCGUCCGCUCUCUCUCUCAGAGCUCUCUUCCUCUUUCUGGACUGCUUGCACAAACAGCACUUCACCUGAUCCUGCCUCUCGCACCCGAGCAGCCAGCAGCUCACCAAAACACAGCCAAUCACCUUCAUUCUGCCGCACUGAUACCGUUAGCUGUGAUUAUAUUAAGCUGCGUGUGUGAACGGACCGAAUGUAUUUUUUGUGUAAACCGGCGUAAUACAGCACGUUCGAGAGAUAUUUACAGGUUUUUAGCUACUUAAAGGGCGGUAAUAUGAGAAUUUGUGGAUUUGUGUCAUAGCCGUGAGGGAAUUUGUUAAGAUGGUUUAUGAAGGAAAAAAGUAUGUGGAAAAGUGGAAAUGUAAAAAACCCUGUUUAAGCUCACAUUUAUUUCACUAUUUGCUACUAUGUAUCUCUAUCCCACAAUCACAGUCUUCCUCUCUGCUACCUGUGUGUAAAUUCGAAGGAAUGCCAGACACUGAAUUUUAAAAUAUAUGCAGAUAUACUGUAUGUAUAAACCAGGUAUUGAUAAUGCAGUCACGCCAUGGCAGCUUAAAACUUCUGCUCAUAUCAAGCAACAUUUCAGGACUCAGGCCUUGUGUGACAUUUACAUCAAGGAUCUUUACGUUUAAGUGCCCUUGUUGUAGGUCAUGCCGCUUGUGAUGGGAUCAAACAUGAACAUUAAUGUUUCAUGUAAAUAUUCUCCAGCACUACACGGCUGUCGGUGAACAAAGGUUGAACGGGGACCAAUACUGAAUCACAAAAAUGCAAGCGUUUUGUAGAUUAAAUUAAUAUUAAUAUGUAUUUUGAAUAUAUCAUCUUGUGUUUUAGUCACGGCAUUAAGGGACAUGACU